AUGUCAAAACGAAACACAUAUGGAUCUAUUUGUGAAAUUAUGGCAGCCGCAGAGAUAUUUCCAUAUCGGUUUGAAGUGUAUCAAGGUGAUUGCAUUAUAGCUUCCGUUGGUGAAGCAAUUCGAUGUGUAAAAAGGUUACGUUUUACGGGGCAUGAUAAUAAUGGUCACUACGAUGUUUAUCUUUCGGUGCUUGCAUCAAAAAUUACAGGUAAUAACUAUAUAAGUGGGGGUAGUGUAAAACAAAAUGGAGAAAAUGUGUCAUUUUCGGUGCCUAAAAAUCAAGAAAAUGUGUCAAUGAGUUUUUUAUCGUAUAAAUUAAUUCCUAACGUUGCUUCAUCGUGUUUAAAUUUAAAUAGUGAUAAUUAUGAUAAACAAAGUGAUGAAAAUGUAUCAUUUUUAGUGCCUCAAACUCAAGAAAAUAUAUUAGCGGAAGUUUUACUACCUCAAUUAAUUCCUAACGUUGAAUUACAAAGUUCAAGUGAAUCAGUUAUUAAUGAUGUGAAUCUCCUUCAAUCAAAUGGGAGAAAAAAAAGGAGGAAAAGAGUCAACUAUACAAUUAGAAAGAGACAAUUGCGACAAGCCACUUUAAAUUACACUCAUUGCAAUUCUGAUGUACAUAGAAAGGCGACAAAAAAAUACGCUUCUAAUAACCCUCAUGUUAGUCGUGCAGCUACAACUAAGUACAACGAGAAACGAUUACAAAUUAAAUUAAUGUCUUGGACUUUGAAAGCUUUAUCUGGCCUUAGUUAUGAACCGAGUAUUGACUAUCAAAAUGAUAAAAUUGUAAAUCUUGGGCAUCGAUUACCCUGUUCUUGGUGUCGUGCUUUGAAAUGGAAGGAUGAGGCUGAAGGAAUGUGCUGUAGUGGUGGUAAAAUUCAGCUUCCUACUCUUCAACGCUACCCAGAACCUUUAUAUAGUCUUUUAACUUAUCAGCACCCAAUCUCAGAACAUUUUCUUUCUUCUCUUCGAAAGUAUAAUGGGUGCUUUCAGAUGACGUCUUUUGGAUCAAAAGAGGUAAAGGAGGGUAGUUUUAUGCCAACAUUUAAAGUGCAGGGACAAGUCUACCAUAGGAUAGGAAGCCUUAUGGUAGAAAAUAAUCAACAACCAUCAUUUCUCCAAAUAUACUUUGUUGGUGAUGAUAAUCGUGAAAGAGAAAUUCGUUGUGGGAUCUGUCCUGGUAUUAAGCCAGAGUUAAUUCACCAACUUCAAAAUUUGCUUCAUGAACACGAUCAAUACAUUAAAGAUUUUAAGGUUGCUAUUGAAUCAGUUCCUAAGGAUCAGAAAGAGUUUCAGGUUAUAAUUAAUGCUGAUAAAAAGCCUCCGGGUGAACAUCGAGGUCGUUUCAAUGCUCAAAUGGCUAAAGAAGUAGCAGUUAUCAUCGUUGGACAAAAUUUUGAAAAGAGAGAUAUCAUCCUGAACAGCAGAGACGAUAAGUUAAAGCGAAUCAGUGAAAUCCAUCGCGCGUAUGAUACUUUACAAUAUCCUCUGAUGUUCUGUCGUGGAGACGAUGGCUAUCACAUUAAUAUUCCUAAGCGUGAUGAAAAAACUAAGCGUCCUCUAAAUAAGACCGUGUCAGCUUCUGAGUUUUACAGUUAUAGAAUAAUGGAGCGUAAUGGAGAAGAAAAUCAUUUACUUUUAUUUCGCACUCUAUUGAAUCAUUUUUUGGUUGAUAUGUAUGCGAAAAUUGAAACUGAACGACUUAAUUGGAUUCGUAACCAUCAAACAAACUUACGAAGUGAAGAAUACGUUCACCUUAAAGACGCUUUAACGAAAACCGACGGUCAGAUAACAGAAAUAGGUAAAAUGGUUGUGCUGCCAUCUUUUUUUACUGGUGGGCCACGAUACAUGCAUGAACGAACUCAAGAUGCUAUGACUUAUGUACGUCAUUUCGGACGUCCAGACUUAUUUAUUACGUUCACUUGCAAUCCAAAAUGGAAAGAAAUUGAAGAGCUUUUAGUUCAAGGCCAAAAAUCUCACGAUAGACAUGACUUAAUAGUAAGAAUUUUUCACGUGAAAACUAAGCAUAUGAUGAAUCUUCUGACAAAAGGUUGCAUUUUUGGCAAAACGAAGUGUCAUAUGUAUACUGUGGAAUGGCAGAAACGUGGACUUCCUCACAUUCAUAUCCUUCUGUGGUUAGAAGAAAAGCUGAGACCAGAAUCUAUUGAUAAGGUAAUUAGUGCUGAACUGCCUAAUCAAGAUCAAGAUCAAGAACUAUAUGAAAUAAUAACAACAAAUAUGAUUCACGGUCCAUGUGGUUCUUUUAAUAGAAAUUCUCCCUGUAUGGUGGAUGGUUCAUGCACGAAAAAAUAUCCAAAACAUUUAAUAAAGGAAACCCAAUUAGGAGAAGAUGGAUAUCCUAAAUAUCGUCGGCGAUCUCCUGAAGAUAGUGGAGUAACAACAAUAAUAAAUGAAAUUAAUAUAGACAAUCGAUGGGUGGUACCGUAUAACCCUGUCCUGUGUCGUACAUUCAAAGCUCAUAUAAAUGUUGAAGUUUGCAACUCAGUGAAAUCAAUUAAAUAUAUUUGUAAGUAUAUAAAUAAGGGAUCUGAUCAAGCAGCAUUCACUGUUGGAGAUCUUGAUGAAGUGGCAAAGUAUGAAGCAGGACGAUACAUUAGCACUUCUGAGGCAGUUUGGCGAAUACUGAGUUUUCCUAUCCACGAGAGAUUCCCUCCAGUUAUGCAUCUUGCUGUACAUUUAGAAAAUGGUCAACGAGUUUUUUUUAAUGAAAAUAAUAUACUCAAUCAGAUCAACAAUUCCAAAACAACACUUAUGGCUUUUUUUGAACUCUGUAAAGUGGACAAUUUUGCGAAAAAAUUAUUAUAUUGUGAAGUUCCAGCUUAUUAUGUCUGGAGAAAACACCAGUUUCACAGAAGAAAACAAGGAAAAAUUGUGCCAGGUUAUUUAGGUAUAAGAAAAGAUCAUGUUAUAGGCAGAGUGUAUACUGUCCAUCCUACCAAUACUGAAUGUUAUUACCUCCGUCUUCUUUUGCAUGAAGUUCGCGGUCCAGAGUCAUUUACGGCUUUAAGAACUAUAAAAGAAGUAAUCUAUCUUACAUUUCAAGAAGCUUGCAGAGUAAUGGGAUUGCUCGAAGACGAUGCUCAUUGGGAUCAAACUUUAGCAGAAGUCUCAAUUUCUGAUUCAUCUUACAAAAUACGUGAAUUGUUUGCUAUUAUGUUAGUUUUUUGCCAAGUUGGAGAUCCGAUUAAAUUAUGGGAUAAAUAUCGAGAUAAUUUCACGGACGAUAUUAAAAGACGAAUGAGUAGGAAUCGCGAAAACUCUGAGUUAGAUGUUGAUAUUGUUUACAAUCAAUGUUUGAUUAAUCUUGAAGAUAUGGUCAUUGCUAUGUCAGGUAAGACUCUUUUACAAUUUGGUCUCACUUCACCAUCUCGAGAACAAGAAUCUGGUAUUAUUAAUCAACAAUAUUUAAAUAAAUUAGCUUAUGACACUGAUAAGUUAACCGAAGAAGUGAUAAAAAGUGUUCCGAUACUGAAUAAAGAACAGAAAGAAGCAUAUGAAUCUACAUUGAAUAGUGUCGUUUCUGAUUCUGGACGAUUGUUCUUCCUUGAUGCUUCUGGUGAAACGGGAAAAACAUUCUUGAUUAAUUUGUUGCUUGCGAAAAUUAGAAGUGAAAAAAGUAUUGCUAUUGCUGUUGCUUCUUCAGGAAUUGCGGCUUCUUUAAUUGACGGAGGCAAAACAGCUCACUCGACAUUUAAAUUACCUCUUGAAAUGAAUCAUUCUGAUAAUAUUCGAUGCAAUAUUUCUAAGCAGAGUUGUAUGUCUCACGUUAUCAGAGAAGCGAAACUGAUAGUAUGGGAUGAAUGCACUAUGGCUCACAAAAAUGCUAUUGAAGCUCUCAACAGAACUCUUAAGGAUAUAAGAAAUAGUGACCGAAUAAUAGGUGGAAUAAUUGUUGUUUUAGCUGGUGACUUCAGACAAACUAUACCUGUUGUACCACGAGAUAUCAAUAAAAUUGGAGUUAAUUGCUCUUCAUGGCUAAAAGAAAGAGCUAUUCUGACUCCAACGAAUGAUUCAGCGAAUAGCAUUAACAACUAUCUUAUAGAAAAGCUAUCAACUAAUCAAAUGAAGUAUAAAUCUAUUGAUACAGUCGUAGAUGUUGAUGAUGCUGUCCAUUAUCCUGUCGAGUUCUUACAUACACUCAAUCCACCCGGAAUACCAUCUCAUAUUCUCAAUCUUAAAAUUAGAGCACCAAUAAUGUUACUGCGCAAUUUAAAUCCUCCAAAACUAUGUAACGGUACCAGACUACAAGUGAAAAAUUUACAUAAAAAUAUUAUUGAAGCUACAAUUUUAACAGGUAAACAUAAAGGAGAAGUCGUAUUUAUUCCAAGAAUUCCUUUGGUUCCAUCUGACUACCAUUUCAACUUCAAACGUCUACAAUUUCCUGUUAGGGUUUGCUAUGCUAUGACUAUCAAUAAAGCGCAGGGGCAGAGUUUAAAAUUAGCUGGUGUAGAUUUGAGACAUGAUUGUUUUUCUCAUGGUCAGUUUUACGUUGCAUGCUCAAGAGUCAGUUCACCGGACAACUUGAUUAUUCUUCAACCAGAAAAAAAGACGAAAAACAUUGUUUACAAGGAAUUUUUAAGUUUGUAA